AUGGCUUAUGCGCUCAUGUUUUCGCCGUAUGCUCAAGAGAAUCACAAGAGAUUGAUCGACAAGAAUGAUCCCACCUCCUACAUCCCAACGUAUAUUGCCAUUUCACCAAGAAAAGACGGCAUUACAGCCAAGACAAAGUGCUUAAAUCCACAAUACAAUGCAUCGGCAUUGACUCCUCUAAAAAGAAAGCUGCUUGUAUCAUCUACCAACAUUUUGCCCAAGUUUCGAGUGCGUCGUGGAUCAUUCAAUCGUCGCCCAUCUUCAGUUUAUGCUGGCAGCAACAGCUCACGCUCAAACAGCUUGGAUAUAUCAAAAACAUCAUUUGUAUCGCUCCCAGUGGAGAUACUAUCAAGCAUUUUGUUCUAUCUAGACUACACAUCUGUUCAAAAACUAGCUCGUACUUGCAAGCACAUGUAUUCAGUUUGCCAUGAUGAUGGACUAUGGCGGAAACUGCUACUGGCAGAUUUCCAGUCAGUAGCACCACCACCAUCUACACCAGCAUCGACAUCACUGUAUAAAAAGACCAGUCGCAAGAACAACAAGGCUCUGGUGACACCCUCCACCUCCUCUACCAAUUUAAAACUGUACCAAAACCACCUUAAAUUAGGACGUCGCUGGUUGACGGGAAAGGUGGAUACCCGCUUUUUACAGGGACAUUCAGACAGCAUCUACUGUUUGUCUUGGAUUGAUCAAGACACGCUGGUCAGUGGUAGUCGAGACAAGACGCUCAAGGUGUGGAAUGUCAAGACAAAUCAAUGUACUCGAACUGUAGAGAAUGAGCAUGAUGGCAGUAUACUGUGUAUGCGUGUGAACAAGGAUCGCUCUCUUUUACUGACAGGUUCCUCGGAUGCUACUUGCACCAUAUGGUCUUUACCUGAUUUGGCACCCAUACGUAAGCUUCGUGGUCAUGGACACAGUGUGCUGGAUGUCUGCUUUGUUCAUGGAAACCGCAUUGUAACCGCAUCCAGAGAUCAUACAUUGCGCUUAUGGAACCAGGACACGGGUGAAGAGAUAUUGCACAUGCUGGGACACACCAAUUCUGUGAAUGCGGUAGAGACUGUGGAUGAGCAUCGUGUGGUAUCGGCAUCAGGUGAUGCUACGUUGAAAUUGUGGGAUGUUGCAACAGGCGAAUGUAUUAGAACCCUACAAGGACAUCGUCUUGGGCUAGCCUGUGUUCGAUAUGACGGAAAGCAUUUGUACAGCGGUGGAUUAGAGGGCAAGAUCAAGGUGUGGGAUGUGGAGAGUGGGAAAUGUAUCAAUACCUUGCUGGGUCAUGUUGGUAUGAUUCGCUCGCUGGAUUGCAUCCAUGGAAGAAUUGUCACUGGUAGCUAUGAUCGUACUCUCAAAGUAUGGGAUACAAAGACGGGUGCUUGUAUUCUAAGCUUUCAGAGUGGUCAUUCCAAUUGGAUUUUCAAUGUAUUAUCCAGUGGUACACGGAUUGUGAGUUCUGGACAGGAAAAACGUAUCAUGGUGCUUGAUUUCAGCAGUGGACUGGCUCCCCUGUGUGCUGUUUGA